CUCAUAUUUGGGCACGGAGCAGGUUAUUGGAGGCUGGGCCCCGGCAGGCAGCAGAUAACCCUCCUGAUAGCGGCUCACAAGGUGCCUCCGCCGCCCCCAUUGGCUCCUGCCAGCGGGGGCUGCCUAUAUAUCCCCCUCCCCGCUGCGGGGCUGCGUCGGGCACUGGGGUCAGGAUGGUGCCUGCCAGGGCACUGGGGCUGCUCCUCUGCGUGCAGCUCUGCGGGGGCAGCGGGGAGCUGCGGCUGGUGGAUGGCGGCGGGCGCUGCGCCGGCCGGGUGGAGGUGAAGCACGAGGGCGAGUGGGGCUCCGUCUGCAGCUACGACUUCGAAUGGGACCACCGGGGCGCUGGUGUGGUGUGCCGUCAGCUGGGCUGCGGUGCGGUGGCCCGGACAUCCCCGCACGCCCCGUUUGGGCAGGGCAAGGGACGCAUCUGGCUGCACCCCUUCUUCUGCCGUGGGACAGAAGCCACCUUGGAGGAAUGCCCGAACUUCGGCUGGGGCCAGCACUUAUGUGGCCACGAGUGGGACGUGGGGGUGACCUGCACAGAGGCGCUGGAGCUGCGGCUGGCGGCUGGCAGGGGACCCUGUGAGGGGAGAGUGGAGGUGAAGCUGCGGGGACGCUGGGGCACGGUGGCGGACAAUGCCUGGGACAUGGAGGACGCCGAGGUGGUGUGCCAGCAGAUGGGCUGCGGCUCGGCUCUUGGUGCCUACCACAGCUCCCUCUUUGGCCAAGCAGAAGGUUCUAUCAGCUUGGGCUUUGUUGACUGCCAUGGGGCUGAAAAGGCCCUCUGGGACUGCAAGAUUCAAGGCUGGGGACCCUACAAUGCCCCUCAUGGCUUUGACACUGCUGUGGUCUGCCAAGGGUUCUCCCGUCUGGCUGGAGGGGACGGCGCCUGCUCGGGGCGGCUGGAGGUGCGGCAGGGCCGGGCCUGGGCCACCGUCUGCCACAGCCACGUGGACCUCAAGGCCGCCCAGGUGGUCUGCAGGGAGCUGGGCUGCGGCACGGCAGUGGCCGUCCCCGGUUCCGGCCAUUUUGGGGCAGCAACGGGGCCGCUCUGGGACGGCGCCUUUGAGUGCAACGGCAGCGAGCCACUCCUCGCCAACUGCGCCCGGAGGCCAACCCACGGCCAGUCCUGUACUGGCCCCGCUUCUAUCGUCUGCUCACCCUACACCGGUUUCCGUUUGGCGGAUGGCGGCUCGAGCUGCGCCGGGCGUGUGGAGGUGGAGGCGCAGGGGACAUGGGGACCCCUGUGUGCCACCGCUUGGGACCUGCCCGACGCCCAUGUCCUGUGCCGCCACCUGGGCUGCGGCCCUGCCGCCUCCCUGCCCCCAGGAGGCCAUUUCGGGACGGGCACGGCGACGGGGCCGCUGCGGCGCGAUGCCCUGAGCUGCAGCGGGAGCGAGCGGCACCCGGGCGAGUGCCACGUGGCGGUGCUGGGGGAGCCCGCCUGCCCCCCUGGCCAUGCCGCCGCCAUCAACUGCUCAGGCGCCGCUGAGCCCCUGCGGCUGCUGGACGGGGAGAGCCGGUGCGACGGGCGGCUGGAGGUGGCCACAAGCCCUGGGGACUGGGCCCGUGUGACUGCGGGGCCGUGGGACGACCGAGCUGCCUCCGUGGCUUGCCGGCAGCUGGGCUGCGGUGUGCCAGAGAAGGUCUACGCUGUGCCGGCCGCCAGCUUGGGCCCUGUGGAGCUGCAGGAGCUGCGGUGUGCUGGCACCGAGGAGCGCCUGGCGCAGUGCAACGCCUCGGGGCCUGCCGCAGCGCCCAGCCACAGCCCCACAGAGGCGGCCGUUGCCUGCUCAGGCAGCCGGCGGCUGAGGCUGGCGGGCGGCCCCGGGCGCUGCGCCGGCAGGGUGGAGGUGUACACCGAGGGCGCCUGGGGCACCGUCUGCCAGGACGCCUGGGACCUGCCAGAUGCCGACGUCGUGUGCCGCCAGCUGGGGUGCGGACGGGCCCUGGAGGCGCCCGGCUCUGAGCGCUUCGGGCCCGGCGUGGGGACGCUGUGGCCGGGUGCCGGGGGCUGCUCGGGGACGGAGGCGGCUGUCUGGGACUGCCCAGCCCCAGCACGGCGUGGCUGCCGCCGGGGCGGUGGUGCCGGUGCCGUGUGCUCAGGGCUGCUGCGUCUGGCGGGGGGCAGCAGCAGCUGCAGCGGGCACCUGGAGGUGCUGCGCGAGGGGACGUGGGGCCGCGUGUGCGCCAACGACACCAGCCCCGCCACAGCUGCCGUUGUCUGCCGCCAGCUGGGCUGUGGCACCGGGGGGAGGCUGGAGGCCGUCCCCGCACAGGGCUCUGUCCCCGCCUGGCUGGGCUGGGUGCAAUGCCAGGAGGGGGCCCCCUCGCUCUGGCGCUGCCCCUCGGCGCCCUGGCACCUGCAGUCCUGCGGCCCUGCCGGGGUCACCCACAUUGCCUGUGACGAGGACACCGAGGGCACGAGCGGGGCCACCACAACUGCAGGUAGCAGCUGCCGGCACGGGGAUGCUUGCACAGGUGGCUCUGCCCAUGCCCACUGCCCCCUGCCCCUGCUGCCGUGCGGAUCCCGGCCUCACACUGCCCCUCGCCAUCCCUGCAGGUGUCACCAGCAGCGUUGCCCCACUGACAGCAGUGUCGGGGAGCGUGCCGGUGCCCACGGUCCUGUGCGUGCUCCUGGGGACGUUGCUGGGCCUGGCCCUGGCAGCCCUGGCUGUGCAGGCACACCGCGCACGGGUGCGACGCCAAGGUGGGCGCCACUUUGGGAGUCUCCAUGGGGCUGUGGGGAACAGUGGAUUAUGUCGUUGUAA